UAGAGACCAGAGACGGAGAGAGGAGCACACUUUGACCAGGAUCUACUAAACGUGGCCAACGUAGGACAAUGGUGGGGCAGAAGAGCUCAAGGUUUGCCUUCGCCGGCGUUUCGGCAUGGCUAGUAGCAAGAAGUUCAGCUUUCGUGCUCCCAUCGCUGCAGACGGCUCGAACAGCAGCGGUGCCUUCGGCGCCCUCGGCCUCCACCUCUGUAUUUUGCGGCCGACCAGCAGCUGUAGCAUCCUCCUCCCAUGAGGCUACCGCCGCUGGCGUAGGACGGCGGCGCGGCGGCGGGGGGGGGCUGAGGAUGGCCGAAUCCGAGGAGCUCGAAGUGUCCCUGAAGAAGCCCAUGGGCCUUGUGCUCGAGGAAAACGUGGGAGGGUUCGGUGGGCUUAGGGUGAAGGAGGUAGCUGACGGUGGCUCUGCGCAGGAGGAUGGCACCGUGCGUGUCGGUGACCAGCUCUUGGAAGUGCAGGGAGAAAACGUCAAAGGUAUCGAUUUCGACGAGGGCAUGAAGAAGCUCAUGGACGCGCCAGAAGAUGGGGUGAAGCUGAAGCUUUUCCGAGGGCUUGCCUCCGACCUGUACAACCCCAAGGUCUACUUCGACAUCGAGAUCAAUGGUGAGGACAAGGGGCGUAUCUUGAUGCAGCUGCGGUCGGACGUGGUGCCCAAGACCGCCGAAAACUUCCGACAGUUGUGCACCGGGGAGGCACCCGACGGCAAGUCUUACAAGGGCACAAUCUUCCACAGGGUCAUCCCGGGAUUCAUGCUCCAGGGUGGUGACUUCGAUAACGCUGACGGCACAGGCGGGUCUUCUAUCUACGGGGCCAAGUUCGAGGACGAGAACUUCAACCUCAAGCACACCGGCCCCGGCGUGCUGAGCAUGGCAAACGCCGGACCGGGUACCAACGGCAGCCAGUUCUUCAUCUGCGUCGCAAAGACCCCGUGGCUGGACGACAAGCACGUAGUGUUCGGCGAGGUGAUCGACGGCGCCAGGACGGUGAAGGACAUCGAGCUGCUCGGCAGCUCUGGCGGCAAGCCCAGCAAGCAGAUCAAGAUCGUUGACUGCGGCCAGCUUUGAAGCAGGGGCAAAGGAGAUCUGUUCCCCUUUUCUCGACAGCUUGUUCUUGUGGAAUUCUAGACAACAAGCGUGGCAGACGAUCCCAAAUGGGACGAAAUUGAGGCGCAGCACGAGCGCCUAGAACCUCAUAGGCUAGUGAAGGUGUACAAACCACGCUUGAGUGACACCCCCUGUUGGUGCGCGUGGAUGUAGAAUUAUUUGCAUGAUUAAGGUUGCGUUCUGCAUUUGUGAUGCGCUGCUUAGGAGCUUCUCCCGCAUUGGGUGGGUCCUGCAACUCAGCCCCUGCUUUCAUAAAACGCAAGGUGUCUUGUUUGCUGCCUGGCUGGGCGAUUUUGUGGGACGGAGAAAACCGUGGUCCCGCAAAUGCGGGAAGCGCUCCGUGUAAUUGAUUGCGCGCCGGUCGGAAAUGUGGAGCCUCCAGUACGGCCAUGACACGGGCGUCAAUUCGCAUUAUCUCUGUCGAGAAACCCACCAGUGGGAACUGUGGAGUGAAUUCCCGACCUCCGGACGACAACGUUACUUCAUGUAGACCCAACGUUACAAAAAGCAGCCCAUCUUCCACAGGGGUGGAGGUUGGAGAAGCAAAUUAGUUAAGUUGAAUUUAGCUAGACUAGUUUUGCCACCUAUUUCGCAAGAAAUACCAGUCGAAGGUCCAGACCCUUCUGGCGCGAGGGGUGCUCACAAGGCCACCUGUAGUGCAUACAAGUACAACAAUUCAGUAUUGUGGUGGGCGGCGGCUAUCUAUGUGCCGGCCACGAGAGGAUUAAAUUACACGGAAGCUGUGGCUUGUCGCAAGCGAAAACUUUGAAGGGGCGUAAGUAGUGCACAAGGUGUUGCUUUUUCAUUUCUGACUUGGAAAUGUGUUCAGCAGAGUGUUGUAUCCGUUACCGCUGAAAAUUUAUGAUUGGAGAGGAUUGAAUUUUCCUCGGGGGGCCCGCGCACUGAUUUUUCCCUCAAUUUUACCCACUUUUUCGUGCAUAACUCGCGACCAUCAUGAC